ACUUCCGCAACCAGCUAGAGGUGGAGACUACUCUCCAGCUCUCGCGCAGGCGGGCGUGGGAUGAGCUUCGUAGACACAACACCUUAUCUAUCUCACCAGACCAAGGAACUGUGCACAUCCUCUGUAAAGGAAGAUUGCUGAAACGGUUACAACAGGCCGCCCAACGUGUGCCCCGGGUGCGGAUGCAGCCUUCACAAUGCUUUGUUGAGGUUCACAGAGGCUCUGAGCCUAAGCCUUAGAGAGGAAGCUCUCAUUCAGCUCUACAGCAGAUAAGCAAUUGGAAUUGGCCAUUACCUCCUCCAGCUCCAAGUCCGACUACUGCUGUGCCCUAUGUGGCAAUAAAGUGCAUAGAUACGCGGAAAAACCACCACAAGAACAAAUGGUUUAUGCCCUGGGGACCAAACCAGUGUGAAAAAAUCAGGGAUCUGGAUGAAGCGAUGGGCAGACACAUAGAAGCCAGCAACAUUGUGUUUUCAGUUCACAUGCCACUUCCCAACAAAGAGAUGAGUCCUUGGUUCCAGUUCAUGUUGUACAUUUUGCAUAUGGACAUUGCUUUCAAGACUGACAACCAGAUUAAAGAAAAUGCUGAAGUUACACUUGAGGUGUCUUUGGCAUAUCGUGAUGUCAUGGGUGGCCCUUGGGAAGAAAUGUCUCAUGCAACAGAAACCCGGAAGCUGAAAUGUAGUUUUGGAGCUCCAAAAACGCACGAGCAUGAAGGGAAGUUUUAUGACUGCGAUGUACUGCCAUUCAUGGAGAUUGGAACUGUUGCUCAUAAGUAUUAUCUUGUCAACAUUCGUCUUCCAGUGAAUGAGAAGAAGGGCAUCAAUGUGGGAAUUGGUGAAAUAAAAGAUAUCCGUCUAGUGGGUAUCCAUCAAAAUGGUGGGUUUACAAAGGUAUGGUUUGCAAUGAAGACCUUCCUUACACCUAGUAUCCUCAUUAUCAUGAUUUGGUACUGGAGACGGAUCACGCAGAUGACACGGCCACCUGUACUCCUGGAAAAAGUUAUUUUUGCUCUUGGGAUCUCCAUGACCUUCAUAAACAUCCCAGUAGAGUGGUUUUCUAUUGGAUUUGACUGGACGUGGAUGUUACUUUUUGGAGACAUUCGCCAAGGAGUCUUUUAUGCUAUGCUUCUCUCCUUUUGGAUCAUCUUCUGUGGAGAGCAUAUGAUGGACCAGAGUGAACGAAAUCAUUUUUCAUCUUACUGGAAACAAGUUGGACCAAUAGCUGUGGGAUCUUUCUGUCUCUUUGUCUUUGAUAUGUGUGAGAGAGGGGUGCAAUUAAAAAACCCUUUCUAUAGUAUUUGGGCUACAGAUGUUGGCACAGAACUGGCUAUGGCAUUUAUUAUCGUUGCUGGAAUCUGCCUCUGUCUCUAUUUCUUGCUGCUGUGUUUUAUGGUGUUUCAAGUUUUCAGAAACAUUAGUGGCAAGCAAUCCAGCCUCCCAGCGAUGUCCAAAGCUCGAAGGCUUCAUUAUGAGGGGCUGAUUUUUAGGUUCAAGUUUUUGAUGCUGAUUACCUUAGCCUGUGCAGCCAUGACGGUAAUAUUCUUCAUUGUCAGUCAGGUGACCGAAGGGCACUGGAAAUGGGGCGACUUCACCGUUCAAGUGAACAGUGCCUUUUUCACAGGGAUUUAUGGGAUGUGGAAUCUUUAUGUCUUUGCCUUGAUGUUCCUGUAUGCUCCUUCACACAAAAACUACGGUGAAGAUCAAUCAAAUGGUGAUCUUGGAGUAAACAGCGGAGAAGAACUUCAGCUUACUACCACUAUCACCCACGUGGAUGGACCAACAGAGGUUUACAAACUGGCUCGUAAGGAAGCCCAGGAGUAACUAAUUAAGCAGAACUAAUUGGGCACAAAACUGCAAAAGCGCAACACAGAAUAAUGACGUUACUUUCCUGCAAGCAUAUGUUUGAAGUCAUCUCUGAAGUUUCCAGCAUUGAAGUACACUUCUACAAAAUGGUAGUGAUCGGGAAAGAGCAACUGGAAAUACUCUUCACUAAUGGUGUAUCUUUAUUUGGGGAAGGGGCUUGCAUUAGAUCUGAUCUUUUUUUUCACAACACCCUUUACUUUAUCUUGAGAACAAUAAGAAAGUGAUAACCUAGUGAAAGGAUGAGUGAAUGACCUUUGGGUCCAGCGCUCAUUAUCAACACAUCUCUUGCUCCUGCUGCUAUGGAUAUUCUUGGGAAACAGAUCCGAAUACUUCACAUGCUUCCCAAGUCAAGGUUUUACCCCACAGUUCCAGUGCUUAUAGAGCAGUUUUUGUUCUUGAAAUUAUACAUAGCCAGUUCUGUUAGUAUUUUCACACUUCAAACAUGUUAUUUCUUUUCUAAUCUAGUGUAGCACUGCCUUUUGUAAAGUUUUGGUACAAAAAGGGCAUUUCAGCGUUGAAGUUGAACUAUAUGUACAUGUGUGUUUGUGUGUAUGUGUGUGUGUGAGAGAGCGAAGCCCUGAACACUAACAAGUAUUUUUGGUGUAGAUAAUCCUUUUAUAUAUCCUACAAAACACUGUUUACUUGUGUGAUGCAUUAAUCCAUGGAACUGAAAGGUAUAGCUGUGCGUACAGCUGUGCGUGUGUACUUUGAUAACUUUUUUUCCUUUCCUUUUUAAAUAAAUGCUCCAACUAGCAUGGGGAA